AUGGCAGGAAAGCAUUUUGUAGAUGAUGGAAACCACUCUGAACUCGUCGUUGACGCGCUCCAAAGUUUGGUGUCCCAGCACUCCGGACUUGUUCUAGACAAGGCAAACAAAACCAUCUACUCUUUGCUGCACAACCCAUUUAAGAGUUUAAGCCUGGUUUCCGGUGGCGGAGCUGGCCAUGAGCCGGCCCAUAGCAUGUACGUCGGGCCGGGUAUGCUCAGUGCCGCCGUCUUAGGAAAUAUCUUCGCAUCCCCUAGUGUCCCGCAGAUAUCUCGCUGCAUUCGAAAUGUCACCGGGCCCCAUGGUACACUGGUUAUCCUCAAAAACUAUACUGGCGACAUUUUUCACUUCCAGCAAGCCACGCAGAAAUUACGGGCCGAGAAUGGGCUACGAGUCGAAAUAGUUGUCGUGGCGGAUGACGCCUCGCUAGGCCGGAGCAAAGUUGGCAAAGUUGGCCGUCGCGGUCUGGCGGGCACAGUUCUCAUGCACAAGAUAAUCGGGGCCAUGGUUUCUAUGGCGUACAUUCUGGACAGCAGCGACGAAGAGCGAAACUAUGUCACGUUUAGCGAAAAAUCGGAUGUUGUUCUCCUAGUAAACAACUUGGGGUCACUGUCGGUCCUAGAAGUAUCCGCAAUUACUACAAUCGUCUUGAGACAACUUAGAAAACUCGGAUUUCAGCCCAAGCGCAUAUACAGCGGUACCUAUAUGACAAGCCUCAAUGGUCCGGGGUUCAGCAUCACCCUUCUCAAUGCAGAUAUGGAGAUGCUUACCUAUCUGGAUGCGCCUACCUUGGCGCCAGGCUGGGUUAAUACACUCUCGGCUGCUCCAGACCCCAGCUCAGUUCUCUCCAAAAUCAUUGAAACGAACGGUCAAGAUAACUCGAUGGGCAUGCUCACGGGGCCCAAAGGGGCUGCGAGGCAGUCUUAA